CAUGUUCUGGAGCUUGGUGCCGUGGCAGAACCACAGGACUUGCCCCCUUUCUGCUCCUCUGGGGGGGCCUGGGUUGAGGGGCCGGGGCCAGGGCCGCGUCUGCCCCGCAGCGGAGGCUGCCAGCCCCGGACCGCCCCCCACCCGCACUGAGCGCCCCCACCCCGCACUCGCAUGAUGUCCUCAGCCUUGCCUGAGUCCCGGAGGCCUCAAGCAGGAGGUGGUGCCCUUGUGCGCCUGCUCUCUGACGGCGGCCCCUCUGGCUCCCCCCACGCGGACCAGAUCUUUCUUCCCUUCCUCCUCCCAGCGACCCCGAGAGGCAGAAGGAGAAGGAGGCUAUCCGGCAGCAGCGGCACUUCCUGGACUGGCUCCAUCUCUUGGUGCUGACUGCCAUGUUCACGAUGGUGGGGCACCGGGUGGCCGCCUUGGUUGUCCUGGAGUUCUCCCUCCGGGCGGUGUCCACCGUCCUCUCCCUCCGCAAGGGGACCCACAGCAGCCAGCUGUACCUGCUCUGCCAGUUCUCCCUGGGCUGUGGGGUCUCCUGCAGCCUUGGCUACCUGCAGGAAGGAGCGUCCCACCGCACCGGGAACCUCCUCCUCAGCGUGGGGCUGGCUGCCCUCCUGACCCACUACGUCUGGCGCCUGGCCUGCCACGUCUCCACCAUGUACGAGCUGCACUGCAAGGAACGCUACUGCGGGGGGUGCCUCUUUCUCCUCACCACGUGGCACGGCAUCCCCCAGCUGCUCUGCAACGCCCUCACGGUGACGUUUGCGGUGGCCAACCUGGCGGCCGUGGCUCUGAUCAACCGGGAUUUCCUCUCGACCUCUGAGGCUAUCCGCUUCUGGACACCGCUAACCAUCUGCUACACGCUGCUGGUCAUCUACAUGCAGGAGGAAGAGCUCCAGAACCCCACCAAGCAGAUGGCCUUCCAGAGGGUCUUUGUCAGGAUGGGCGGCCUUCUGAUCCUGCUGAUGACCGUGGGCCGAUGGAUGGACAUCGCGAACGUCCUCAUCUCGCUGGCUGGGGAGAUCUGGUGCCUGGCCCGGACAGGAACCAUGCUGGAGGUGUGCAGGGAGCAGGAUUAUUCGGAGAGCCUCUCUUUCUCCGCGUCUGCAUUUCGCCCGCCCCAGGCAGCGCCAAGAGCGCCCCUCAGAAUCCCAGGCGGCAGCGGCAGCCCCAGGGGGCGCAUCCUGAAAGAGAGAAGCCUCGCGGAAGAGGAUGGCGUGGCCCGGAGACCCUAGGCCAGGGCAGGCCAUGGGCCCACGGUGCUGGCUCCUUCUGGGCUCUCCUGCCGCGGCAAGACACCGCUCGCUGAUGCCAUGCUGCCUGAGGGCUGGCGGGUUCCCUCCUGGCCCCAUGGCGCCGCCUGUCCCCUUCAGCAAUUCCUUCUCUGUAGUGACUGCUCCGGUCGGCCUUCCUGGGAAAGCAGGGAGGCCAAAGCAGGCGGGAACCGGCUGGCCGGGGGGUGGGCCCCAGGGGCAGGAUAAGAGAGGCUUUGGCUUGUGGGCGGCAAGAGGGAGUCGCGUCGGGCCCAGGGGAGGCGGCCGAGAGCUGCUGCCGUUGUCCCGGGGUGAGGCUAAGGAAAGGGGAGCCGGAGGGGCUCUGGUGCUGGUGCCAUGGCUCCCGAGCGACAAAAGCCCAGCUGUGGGCUGACCGGCGUGCCUCCCCGAGCAAUCCUGAGGGUCCGGUGGGGAGGGGCCAGAGCUCCUUGUGGGGAAGGCUGCCCCCGCUUUGGGAGGCAGUGGCGCGCAGUGGGCUUGGUCCUAGCGUCGCAUCCCCACUGCACCCUGAGAAAUGGGCCAAGGGGCCUUUCCCGGCCUGGUGCCGCAGCUGGAAGAGAAGCGAGUGGUGGGAGGGCCAGGAUGCACGGUUUUGGCGGCCUCGCGGGCUGGCCGUUCUGCCUGCCGUGCUGGCUGCCCUGGAGGUCCUGGGGCUGUUCUGAAGCCUUGAGCUCAGCGGCUUCUAACCCCACCGCAGCGCCCCUCUGCAGCUGCCUCCGCGACCUCACGUCAUUUCUGUGGGACGCGGGAGGACCCCCGGGAUCUGCUGCUGGGACCCUCCUGGCUUGGUGGGCGGAGGGGGAUGGGGAGGGUCCCUUCCUCCCCUGCUGUUCUGCGCUCUGCUCUCCUGGCUGAGGCUCUGAGAUCUUCCCCGGCAGGGAAAGCGACGAGGGCAAAGUCGGUCUUAUUUCAGUCACUGGUCAUCAACACAAACUACUGCGCUAAAAACGAAUUGCAGAGGUCAUUUAAUUUUCUCUGGUAGAGAGGGAAAAAAGCUGUCUUUUAGCAGCUUUGUAUUUCAGGAGGAUGCAUUGGUGGCUGGCCGUAUAAAUGUAGGAAGUAAAUAAAAACGAUGGCAACAGCAA